AGGCCCAUUAAGAAAAACUAUUUGAUCGACAAGACUAAAUCAUACACGAGGGAGUCAACUUGAAUCAGAGCGAUUCAGCGUCGUUCUUUUUACCGGCGCUUCUGUGCUCCUUCUCUGUCCUUCAAUGGAUGUUGAUCUUGUCGUCGUAGACCAGUAGACCACGAGAGAAGAGUCAACAGAGAUUUUUCUGCGUCAAGGCUCUUACUAUACUUCCUUGGUUUUUAUGCUUCUCGUGCAUGCAGAGGAGAUCAUGCUUGAGGUACACGUUUGAGUUCGAGUGAUCCAAUGAUAUCCAGAUAUUUAGGGUUCCAUUGGUGAGAGACGAGAAAGAUGUCCUAUUCUUUCUCAAGAAAGAGUUGUAAACUUUGUUUUAUUUUUCCUUUUUAUAAUUAUUGAUUUUUUUUUGUUUGGCCAUCAAGUAUGUUUUGGUUAUAGCUUUAUAUGAACUGGCAGAUAAAAGCCUUAUUCUACUACAAUAAUGUAUCUUCAUAUUUUUGAAUAAUAAAUAACAUAAUCAAUAAAACCAGCCUUGUGGAUUGUUAUGACUCCCACUAGUUUAAUCAGAUGAUAAUAAACAAUGUUUAAGCCCGUCUCUUAAAAUUAUAAAACAGAUCAGCACGUCUUUGCCUCCAUUAGCCUUCUGUUGUUAGUCAUUGAUCUUGUUUCCAUGAGAAGUUAGCUGAUGUAGUACUAAUGGCGUCUUUUCUACGAGUUAUUGGUAAGUUGAUAUGUUCUUUUUUGUGAUCUUGUUUGACAAUGGAGUAACACAUUCAAACAUUCACACAAGAUUCUAUAUUAAUCAUUUAUCAUUUAUAGUCAAACUAUGUUCAUCAUGUUGGUUUCGAUACUCGAUGCCUUUUAACAAAAUCCUUGUAUAUGUUGGUUUAUUGAUUUUGUUUUUCCACCAUUCAGUUCUAUCAUGGGCUUUUACUGUUGCGUGGUUUACCCUCUGGAUGCUAAUGAUAUACUUGACAAAGGAGAUGAAGCUCAAGUUCACGGAUGCAGCUGCAAUAGUCAAUGUGUUUGCUGGUGUAUCAGCUGUUGCUCAUCUUGGCAUGCAGUUCUUAGUUGAUGCAUUUAUUGGUCACUUUUGGAUGCUCUGCCUCUCUACCUUAGCAUUCAGUUUUGGUUUCGGGUUCUUGGCAAUAUCAGCAUCACCAAUACUCUCUGGUGGAGCACAAAAGGGGCUAUUCUACGUUGCCCUAACGGUCAUAUCCGUUGGUAUAUUUGGACGGUCAAUCUCGUUGGGAGUUUUCACAGAGGACCAACUAGAAGACAGUGGGAACAAUGGGAAUCCAGCCAUGCUCACCAGCUUUGUCAUUGGAAACGUUGGGAACUUUGUAUUCCCUUUACUUGCUUCUACUGCACUUCCUCAGAUAAGUCCGUGGUUUGUAAGAUUCGCGGUCCCUGCUGGCUGCGAGGUCUUAGCAAUGCUGAUCUUUCUCUCUGGUGCUUGUUCAUACAAACGGGAAGGACCUAGUGGGAGUCCUUUGACAACAGUGUUCCGGGUCUUUGCGGCUUCUGCUUCCAAAAUGUCUAGUGGAUAUCAAAACAACUCAAACCAGCUUUAUGAAGAUACCGAGUGUGAUCUUGAUAUGAAGUCCCACACAAGUAGCUUGAGGUGCUUGGACAGAGCUGCGAUGAUACUCCAAACCGAGCCCUUGGAACAGCAGAGGGGAAACAGAUGGAGACUUUGUAGGGUUACAGAAGUGGAGCAAACCAAAAGCGUGAUACGCACGUUUCCUUUGUUCACGACAUCUCUUAUCUCCGGGAUCGUUUUCUCUCUUGGUAACACUUUCUUCCUCGAACAAGCAAACCAUUUGGACUCCAAGUUCGGAUCAUGGAACCUCCCUCUCCCACUCCUCUUACUCUUUAGCGAGGCUGCAAGGCUAGGAUCUCGAGAACUAUGCGUCAUGGCAGCAAAACGUAACGCCCAAGCACCAAAACAAACCAAAACGCCAUAUGGUAUACCAGUCUCCAUCAUCCUAUCGGUAUUCUGCUGCGCCAUUGCGGCACAUGUUGAGUCCAAGAGGCUCAAAGUGGUUAGAACUCAAGAGACCGUCUCCAUGAGUGUUUUCUGGCUGCUUCCACAGUACGUUCUUCUCGGUUCAAUUACAGGGAUCUAUGAAAAUAGCUUUGCGCUUUACCUAGAAGAAACAGUCCCUGAAGAGUUGAGUCAAUACAUGGUUUUGUUUAACGUGGGUGUGUGUGGGGUUGGGAUCAUGAGCAAUAUUUCUCUUGUUAGUGUGGUGGGUAGAGUAAGUGGAGGCAAAUGGUUUCAAGACACAAUAGACAAGAGCCGGUUGGAUAAUUAUUAUUGGGUGCUAUCAGCUUUGAGCAUGUUCAACCUCUUGUUGUAUUUCUCUGUAACUAAUAGGUACACAAAGUGCUACAAGAAGGAUGGGGGAGCACAAGAAAUGAUCGAUAGGUGAUAGAUUUUUGUGUGAUUCUGAUUUUCAUUUGUAUGUCCUGAUAGGCCUUAGAUGAGGUGACUAUGUUGUGGCUUUGUAAAAACAAACGGCAAGCUAUGUUGUUCAUUCUUGUGUAAAGUAAACGGCAUGAUGUGUUAAUAGUUGACAAGUGAUCGGAUGCAGGAUCAUAUUUAGAUGAGGGCAUAUCAUUUUGUUUCAUUAUAUUAUAGUUAUAGGGUUAGGGUGCAUUUGUUAAACUAUAAGCAAUUACUGAAGAAAAUUCAAAAUUAGAUGGGGGCGCAUGCCCCCGUACCUCAUCACCUCCGUCCGCCACUGAGUGAUCACAUGCCUUAUGUCUUCUUGAUUUGAGGUGUCAUCACUAUGAAAUAUCCAAAA